AUGGCUGAAGAAGAACAUUAUGACGAUGUGGAUAUAUCAGACUUGAUUGAGGAAUCAGAACACUAUCUUGACACAGAACACCAAAAUACAGAAACAACGGAUACAGAAAAUGUAAACACCUUACAAGAUUCGGAAAUACUGAACUCUGAAGAGCAAGUAGUCGAUGAAAAGAGGCCGCAAGUUCAGAAUAAGAGUGAAGCCAUACGAUCUACGAGGUUACCAAUUGCCAGGAUAAAAAAUAUAAUGAAAAUGGACCCAGAUGUGAGCGUCGUCUCAGGAGAUGCGGUUUUCUUAGUAACGAAAGCUACAGAAUUAUUUUUGGAAACUAUAGCAAAGGAAACCUAUGCUUACACUGCCACCAACAAGAGGAAAAUUAUAGCAAAGAAAGAUUUUGAUUUAGUUAUCAACAAAGUGGACUGUUUAUGUUUUUUGGAGGGUGCCAUGGAUUUUUAA